AUGCUGAUGCUUUUGUGGGUGAUCUUCCUUUGUCGAUGGUUCCGGAAAAGCCCCCCACCUGGAACACGACUGCCUCCCGCAGUCCCCGGGGCCUCGCUGACUGGAUGCAAGGAAAUGCACAAGGUCGACUUCUACUGCACCACGGCAAUCAAAUGGGCGAAUCAAUAUGGACCCGUGUACAGGUUAAGGCAGAACCACGCCAGCAUUGUCAUACUCAACGACUUCAACAGCAUCAAGAAGUUCUAUUCGCGGAAGGAGUUCCUCAACCGUUCCCGGUUUUGGCUAAUACAAUCUCACAGGUUCAAAGGGCUAGGGACCAUGAAUGGUGAUGCCUGGAAGCUGAACCGAAGAUUCUGCAUGAAUGCACUCCGAGACUACGGCAUGGGCAAGUCGUAUGCAAUGGACGACAUAGUGGAGGAGCUCCAGCGCGCCUGCAGUCAGAUAGCUAAGGUGGAAGGGGAACCAAUUGGUUUCUACGAUUACAUCAUGCCUUGCGCAUCCAACAAUAUAUCGGCCAUACUCUGGGGCCGCCGCUUUCCGCAUGACCACCCGGCGCGCGCAGACAUCAACUGUCUCGUCAAUGGGUUGCUAGCUGCCGUUCGAUGCAGCCCCAUAUUCCACCAGUACAACCCAGGAUUCGUCACGGCGAUCGCGAGAAGGGUUCCCGGCACACAUAUCAACCUUGUUAGACGCAAGGAGGAGAAGUUGGAUCUCUACGCAUACGACCGAAUAUUGGAACAGAAGGCCAUGACCGAAAAAGAUGUCAACCGGGAUUUUGUUGAUGCAUAUUUGAACAAAAUACGAGACAGCGAUGACGACUCCAAGGCCCAUUUCACAGUCGAAACGCUAGUUGGCGUGGUUACCAACUUCCUUCUGGCUGGUAGUUCGAGCGUCGCCAGCACCAUCCACUGGCACAUGCUCAAGUACGCCAUAGAACCAGACACACUGCAAGCGAGGAACACGUACUUUACCUUGCGCAACAAGUUCUAUAAAGUGGUACAUGGCACUGUCAUGGGUGCAUCCGUGCCUGUCACCGUCACGAACAUCGCCAUGGAAGAGGUACACCGCGAAAUCGAAGAGGUGAUCGGCCGAGAGCGGCGGCCAGUGUGGGAAGACCGACUCCGAAUGCCGUUCACCAUGGCUUGUAUAUGGGAAAUGAACCGCUGGAAAACAAGCACACCACUAGGCGUACCAAGAGAAGCCUCCGAAGACGCCGUCGUGGAUGACUUUUUCAUUCCCAAGGGCACCGUGAUCACAGCGAACUUCUGGGCCGCGCACUUCGAUCCUAAGUUAUGGAAGGACCCUCACAAGUUUGACCCGACUCGUUUCUUGAACGAAGACGGAACACUCAUGGCCCGCAAACCUGAAUUCCUCCUUCCAUUUUCCUACGGAAAACGCAGCUGCCCCGGAGAGAUUCUGGCGAGUGUCGAAAUAUUCAUUGGUGUGACGUCGCUCCUCCAAAGAUUCCGCGUUCUGCCCGCUGGCGAGAUGCCUUUCGACAUCAACAGCCCUUGCAUAAUGUCAAGUCACGUGCAACACCUCAAGCUGCGAUUCCUAGAACGGCGUCAGAACCUGUGA